AUGGACUUCUACUACCGCAAGCUGAUGGGCAACGGAACCGUGGCAAGCAAGUUUCGCCUCAACAGCAUGCUGCCCUCGUCCAACACCACCACCACCACCGUCCAGCUGAAGCAGUCCAGCGUCCGAGACCUGUUGAAACGGAGCGAGCCAGCCGAAGAGGAUGGCGACGAGUCUGGCAAACAGAAGCACCCCAUCGAGUUUCCCGAGACCCACCAUAGAAACAACUGCAACCGUUGCUACCGUUUGAAGAAAAAGUGCCUGAGAGAGUACCCCAAGUGCAAAAACUGCCUGAAAACAGGAGCCGAGUGUGAGUACGUGGUACGCAGCAACAAGAGAAGAAAGAGAGGCUCUGCGCCCAAGUUGAACGGCGAAGGCGUGUUGAGCACCGGCAUCUCGAAGGAGGACGGCUCGCAGGAGAACAAAGACGUCGUGGUAGCCCACAAGUUGGUGUCGGUGUCGUCGAUGCUUGCGAACGAGCUCUACGAGGAUGCAAUGAAAAAAGAACCAUCAAACCUCACUAGCACCAACACCCGUCGUCCAAUCAAGAAAAUCACCACAGCUGAAUUAUCCAGCAGUGCAAGACGAGCCAGGGACUCGCCUGAGGUCCCCUUGGCACAAAAGAUCAUGACCAAAUCCCUCUCCACAACCUCUUCUCCUGCGAAUUUGAAGGAGGAGUUUAUCACGAUGAAACCGUUGCCAAAUGAAGACCUACCAUUGAUUUUUGCCCUCAACUACUUCGAAAACUACUCCUCCAAGUACCCAUUUAUCGAUAAGAACAAGUUUUUGACUAGGCUCAAGUCUAUCGACUUUAAGAAAGAAGCAAUUGUGAACAUCGAUAUUUAUUUAUUAAUGAGUAUUGGCUGCUUAACAUUUGAUCUGCAAUCUGAUCUAGCCAAAAGGGAAAAGCUCUUCCCGCUCUACUUCAAUGAAAAGAACGUUGAAUCUACAAUCGAAGUGUUAGAUCUCAACUUAUUUAAUGCAUCCACCGAGGAAAUCAUAGAAAAUAUGGACCUUUUAUUGUUAUUAACCAUAUACAGUAUAAGUUCUUUUAACAAUGAAUUAUGCUGGGGACUAUUGGGUAUUUUGAAUCGUCUAGUCGUUCAGUUGGAAUUGUACAAGCCUUCAGAAUUAUCAUCCAAAAUUGACACCAUUCAUUUACAGAGGAUCUUUUGGUCAGUUCAUAACUUGGACAAAGAAUUGAGUUUGCAACUCAUGCGUCCUAGUCAGUUUCCAGCUGCUGAGUUCACUCGGGUUCCAUUACCACAGAAUACUUUUGAGGGGGAUGACGAAAGUUUGGACUUAAUAAAUCAGGAAAUCAAGUACUAUCAGUUCCAUGAUUUGUUACUCACGUCAUUUUUAUCUGGAGCAAACAGAGACUCUGAGAAAUUAAAAGAGAUCUCUCUAAGCUUAGAAAAAUGGAGGGUUACAACUAGUUCAAUUAUUCACAAGUUGCACCACCAAUCCCAAAGCUUGCAAGACUGGACCUCAUAUGUUAAUUUGAACUACUACUACUUGCUUAUUGAGCUCGAUCAGCUCUCUCCAAGUGAAUCGUAUCAAUUCACGUUGCAUUUUCUUUCCAAUUCUUUUGCCUUAAUAAUAUCGGAUACAGAGGCCGAGUCGAACUCAAGCAAUUCCAAGCUUGACGUCAAACUCACUUUGAGAUCAUCCUUAUACUGGUAUAAGAGGCUCUUCAAGGUAAUAAACUACAACAUGACCUCCCUAAGCAAAAUGGUGGAGUCGACACAGUUGAAGAAAUUGGACUUGAGUCUCCGUUUGAGUGAGUUCACAGGUAACUUACAGUUAAUUGUGAACUUGUUACGUUACAUC